AACAUGCAUCGAAGGCACACAACCCUUCGGGAGAAGGGCCGGAGGCAGGCCAUCCGGGGCCCAGCCUACAUGUUCAAUGAGAAAGGCACCAGCCUGACUGCAGAAGAGGAACGUUUUCUGGAUUCUGCAGAAUAUGGCAACAUUCCUGUUGUGCGAAAAAUGCUGGAGGAAUCCAAAACCUUGAACUUUAAUUGUGUUGAUUACAUGGGACAGAAUGCCCUACAGUUGGCAGUAGGGAAUGAGCAUUUGGAAGUGACAGAACUCCUCCUUAAAAAGGAGAAUCUAGCUCGAGUUGGGGAUGCACUUUUGUUAGCCAUCAGCAAAGGAUAUGUGCGCAUUGUGGAAGCAAUAUUGAACCAUCCAGCCUUUGCACAAGGGCAGCGUCUCACACUUAGCCCCCUUGAGCAGGAACUGAGAGAUGAUGAUUUUUAUGCCUAUGAUGAAGAUGGAACUCGGUUCUCCCAUGACAUUACCCCUAUCAUACUUGCUGCCCAUUGCCAGGAGUAUGAAAUUGUCCAUAUCUUGCUUCUAAAAGGUGCGCGGAUUGAAAGACCACACGACUAUUUUUGCAAGUGCAACGAAUGUGUUGAGAAACAGAGGAAAGAUUCCUUUAGUCACUCUCGAUCGAGAAUGAAUGCCUACAAAGGAUUAGCCAGUGCCGCUUAUUUGUCUCUUUCCAGUGAAGAUCCUGUCCUUACUGCUUUAGAGCUAAGCAAUGAAUUGGCCAGACUAGCCAACAUAGAAACUGAAUUUAAGAAUGACUAUAGGAAGCUAUCUAUGCAAUGCAAGGACUUUGUUGUGGGUGUGCUGGACCUGUGCAGAGACACAGAAGAAGUGGAGGCAAUUCUAAACGGAGAUGUGAACAUACAUUUGUGCCCUGAUCACCACCGGCCAAGCCUGAGCAGAAUUAGGCUUGCUAUUAAAUAUGAGGUCAAAAAGUUUGUUGCUCAUCCCAACUGCCAGCAGCAGCUGCUCACCAUGUGGUAUGAAAACCUCUCAGGCUUACGGCAGCAAUCUAUAGCUGUGAAAUUCUUGGCUGUCUUUGGGGUCUCCAUCGGCCUGCCGUUCCUUGCCAUAGCAUACUGGAUCGCUCCCUGCAGUAAGUUGGGACGGACCCUCCGCAGUCCUUUCAUGAAAUUUGUGGCACACGCAGUUUCUUUUACAAUCUUCCUUGGACUGUUAGUAGUGAAUGCUUCAGACCGAUUUGAAGGAGUAAAAAAUCUUCCCAAUGAGACCAUCACGGAUCAUCCUAAACAAAUAUUUAGAGUAAAAACAACUCAGUUCUCAUGGACAGAAUUGCUGAUCAUGAAGUGGGUACUGGGCAUGAUAUGGUCAGAGUGCAAGGAGAUCUGGGAAGAGGGUCCGCGCGAGUACGUCCUGCACCUCUGGAACCUGCUGGACUUCGGGAUGCUGUCCAUCUUCGUGGCGUCGUUCACGGCCAGGUUCAUGGCCUUUCUCAAAGCGACUGAAGCACAACAGUACGUAGAUCAGUACGUUCAAGAUGAUGACCUCAAUAAUGUCACCCUCCCCCCUGAAGUUGCUUACUUUACUUAUGCCAGGAACAAGUGGCUUCCCUCGGAUCCUCAGAUCAUUUCAGAAGGACUGUAUGCAAUAGCUGUGGUACUCAGCUUCUCCCGCAUUGCUUACAUUCUUCCAGCCAACGAAAGCUUCGGCCCCCUCCAGAUCUCGUUGGGGAGGACUGUGAAGGAUAUCUUCAAGUUCAUGGUCAUCUUCAUCAUGGUGUUCCUGGCCUUCAUGAUUGGAAUGUUCAACCUUUACUCUUACUACCUUGGUGCAAAAUAUAACCCCGCGUUUACAACGGUGGAAGAAAGUUUUAAGACCUUAUUCUGGUCAAUAUUUGGCUUAUCUGAAGUGAUAUCUGUGGUGCUGAAGUACGAUCACAAAUUCAUUGAGAAUAUUGGAUACGUACUCUAUGGAGUAUAUAAUGUGACUAUGGUGGUGGUGCUGCUUAAUAUGCUAAUAGCCAUGAUCAACAACUCCUAUCAGGAAAUUGAGGAGGAUGCAGAUGUGGAGUGGAAAUUUGCACGGGCCAAGCUCUGGCUAUCCUACUUUGACGAAGGAAGGACUUUGCCUGCUCCUUUUAAUCUAGUGCCAAGCCCUAAAUCAUUUUAUUAUCUCAUACUGAGAAUAAAAAUGUGCCUCAUAAAACUCUGCAAAUCUAAGGCCAAAAACUGUGAAAAUGAUCUUGAGAUGGGGAUGCUGAAUUCCAAACAACGGAAAGUUCGUUUUCAAUCUAGCACUCGAAAUACAGAAAAUUUUUCUGGGAAGAACGCUUAUAACAAGCCCACAAGAUAUCAGAAAAUAAUGAAACGCCUGAUUAAGCGGUAUGUACUGAAGGCUCAGGUUGACCGAGAAAAUGAUGAAGUCAAUGAAGGAGAACUUAAAGAGAUUAAGCAAGAUAUUUCUAGUCUCCGCUACGAACUCCUAGAGGAAAAGUCACAAGCUACUGGCGAGCUGGCGAGACUGAUCCAGCAGCUGAGCGACAAAUUUGGGAAGAACUUAAAUAAGGACAUUUGAUGAUGAACAAAGAGAAAGACAACUAGUUUUAUAAACAUUGUUCAGUCUCAACCAGCAUCUUAGGAGGGCAAAACAGUGCAAAAGAUGGGUACUGCACACUCAACUUUUGCUAACUAGCAAGUAUUGGUAGGAGCACUUUGCAUUACUCCUGUGUUUGGUGAAUUACCAAUUAAAUCCUUUAUGAUAUGGAAGCGACUUACUGGUAAAAAUACAUGCCCUUUGACAUCAGAAAUAGAUGCACCAUUUCCAAAAGGUAAUCACGCUUACCCUAGAUAGGAAAUACACCUUUAAUUAAAGGCAAAAAGGCCAAAUCUUCACCCAUCUAGCUCUGCUGAAGGCAACACAGUUGUGCUGAUUUAUAUCAGCUCAGAGCGAACUGAUUAGAAUUGGGUGAAGUCUGAAGAAGAAAUGUGCCAUGCAUAUUCCUUGAAAAAUUUUUAAAAAAUUCCUGUUCUUGGGUGUGUGUUCUCCGUUUAAGCUAACUUUGAACAGCACUGUGGUUAAUGAAAAGCAAAUGAGAAAUCACCUGCUGAAAUGAGCGAGAUGGUGUGCCGGGUAGAGGUCAUAUAUUUGAUUAGGCUGGAUGAUACAGCUGGAAAAAAUGAGCGAAGCUUGCUGGAAAAAGAGUCCUUUUGUCCCCCUGCUUGAAUUUGCUGAAGGGAUUCCCAGCCAAAAUCUCCUGUCUGCCUUUUCCAGCUAUAUUAGCUAGUCCACUAAAGAGAUAUGAUCUCUUUAUACAGACUUUGCCUCUCUUUUAUCCUUAGAUGAUCCCAGCUUCAACAACAGUAUACUGAAAUACUCGAUGAUAUGAAAUUCGCUUCCCAGGAAUACCCACACCAGAAACAUUAUACAUUGCGCUAACUUGUUCAGUUCAAGGAAGAAAAGUAAUCCAGUGACAGCUACACAACCGAGCUCAGCUUUUGGAUUCCAGAGAUCAAAUAGCAAGCCAUAGGAUGAGACAAAUCUCGAAGAACAUAGUCCAAUAGCUUCAGCCCUUUAAAUCAAUAAGAAAAGUCUUCAAUUCCACUGAAGACAUUCUGAUGAAAAAAAGGAAAAAAAGGAAAAAUCAUCAAAGAAAUGAUUGUCUUCUGUGUUCAGCUCUUACACAGGAACAGAAAUGAAUUAAAACUGUUUUAAAGGCUGCAGUGAUACAAGUACUCAGAUUGUACUUUUACAAAAGGAAAGUGAUCGGUCUGUGCAAUGCAACUGCAAACUUGGAUUGCUUUUUUUUUUUUUUUUAAAUUUAGCUACAUGAUUUUGACUAUUUAAAGCACACCUUACUACUUGGGAACCACUAAACUGUACUGUUUGUUUACAAGAUACACCUAUAAGAUGACCAUUGCAUUUAGAUAUCAGCUAAGAAAAAGAAGCAGAACCAGAACGUGACCUGUGAUCAGUUCUUAAGUGCCAGAUGAGAACACAGAUAGCCUAAUAGAAUAAUAGUUAUAUUUGUUAAAAAAAACACAAAAAACAAAAUAAAAAAGUGUACUGUAUGUAGAUCUGUUUAGAGAAAAAGCAAAAUACUGUAUUUUUACCUUUAAUAAGAUUAUCUUGUAUACUGUAAUAUUUUUACCUAAA